ACAUUCACCAUUUCUGUGGAUUUCUCCUGCAGAUGGACAGACAUUUUCCCGAUGAGGAAGCAGAAUUUCUCCUGUGUUGACCCACAGAUCUCUCAGAGCUCCAGUAGCGAUUUCCUCUCAGAGUUUGCCUUCAGGGCCCAUGUACCAAUUGAGGCUAUCUAUGCCCUCAGUAUCUGUGUCCCUCCAUUUGUGAUCUCAAUCGGGGAGAUAGGAGUCUGGGCCUUCAGCAGUGAUCCGCAGAAAGUGGUGCGGGCUUUGUGCAAACAAUGCCAGAUUCCUCAAGUCAUACGGAGACUGGUUCGCUUCAUCGGAGUUUUUCUGUUUGGGGCUUUCACUCUGUUGAUAUUCGUGGAUGUGACAAAGUUUAUGACUGGUAUAUUACGACCUAAUUUCCUGGAGGUGUGUCAGGUGAACCUUACAGCAUGUGCCCUACAGAACCUGUCUGGGGAUGAAGAACUAUGCUCCACCACGGACUACUGGGCCUUAAGAGAUGCCAGACUGUCCUUCCCUUCCAUGCACUCAGCACUGACCUCAUAUUCAGCAGUAUUCACAGCUAUAUACCUUCAUGGAGCAAUCCGCACACAUGCUGUCAAAGUGUUGCGUCCUUUCCUGGCGCUGUCUCUUGCCAUGAUGGCACUGCUUUGUGGACUGUCACGGAUAGCUCAGAACAGGUCACACUGGACAGAUGUGGCUGUGGGAUUUGGGCUAGGAUCCUUCAUGGCAUUUUAUCUUGGAAUUAUAGUACUGAACUGUUUCCUUGAGGGCUUAUGUCUGCAGACAGCGUUACGGCAUUUCCAGCAGAGUAUCUACGAGAUGGCUGCUGCAAGAGAGCAUGAGAAGUCUCACACCCAGCUCUUUGGCCCUGGCCAGUACCUUCACAUCCCUCGAGCUCAUCUGCGCUCCAGACCCCCUAGUUUAAUCAGCGACAGCAAGCAUCGCAUGCGGUCGGACAGCCAGAUGAGAGAGCUAAACAGAAGCACAGAACAUUACAGAAACUCGAACUCCUACGCUUCUCAUAUGUGA